AUGGCGACGGCGUCGCUCGAGGAGGAAGAGUACAUGCAGGGCGAGAGAGAAGAGGGCUGGGAAGGCGGCGGGGACCAGGACGACGGGCCAGCCUUGCCUACCGCCCGCAGCCGGACUGUCAGUCGGGAGGAGAUGCAUGCGUCUCCGGUCCACUAUGAAGGGGAUGACGAUUCUGCGCUCCCUCUCCAGGCCUCGAGCGGCGAAGGUGAAGCCUUUGAAGGCGAGAGAGGCGAAGACCAGCAGUGCUACAGUUGGGACUCGGGGAAAGAAGAGAGGACAGAGGGCCCCGCGGAGGAGGCCUUGCCCGUCUCGUACUCCGUUUCCAGGGAAGCAGAGAGAGAAGCCUGCGGGGAAGGCGACCUCGACCAGUCAUACCACGACGGCGACGAAGGCGAAGGCCCCCACGAAGACGCCAGUGAGGGAUGCGAGCGCAGGGGCGAGGAGGGAAUGGAGACAGGAGACGGCCUCGAGGACGAGACCCGACGAGAGCGAGGCGAAGGGGAAGGCCGCACCGCCACGAGUGGAGAGGCAGGAGACGAUUCCUCCCAGAUUGACAAACGCAAGGUUUUCGUAGGAAACACUCCACUUGCGGUGCGCGACUCCAGCGUCGAGGGAGUGUUUGGCGAAUUUGGGAAGCUGAGUGGCAUCAAGAUUUUCAAGCACUUCCUCCACUUGACCUACGACGACCCCGAGGCGGCCAAGCGCGCCAUCGAAGAGCUGAACGACAAAGUGGUAUGGGGGGCUCAGAUCGUCGUGGAGCCCCUGCGGCCGGGGGCGGCGUCUCAGCGGCCGCCUGGCCCCGCGCCUUCGCGCAGCGUGGUGCUGGCUCGGGAAGACAGAGACACUUUCGCCGCUUUGGGCGAGAGAGGCGGAGGGCGCGGCAAGGCGGGCGGGCCCCUCGGAGGAGCCCGACGCGGCGGGCGCGGUCGGGGGGUCGCAGGGGCUGGACCAGGCGGAAAGAGACUGCCUUUCCGAGUUGUGUGCCACAACCUAGAUCCGCGGGUCCACUGGCAAGAUCUCAAGGACUUUGGGAGAGAAGCUGGCGAGGUGAACUUUACGAACGUCCUUCACAACCAAGACGGCCUUCGCAUUGGCAUUAUUGAAUAUUGUAGCCAAGAAGACAUGGAGACUGCGCUGCGUGAGCUAAACGGCAGGCGCCUGUUUGACGCUCGCGUCGAGGUUCGUCGCGAAGAGGCGAAUGCCUCGUAUCCGUCCUUCGCGGAGAUCUCGUCGUCGCUUCCGCCGGAUGCUUUGACGCGGCCCGCUUCGGGGCGCGCCGCGUCAGGCUCCAAAGGAGCCUCUCGGACUCGGCCGCUCGCUCGCGCCUUUCCCGACGACGACCGCGGGGCCUUCCCGCGAGGGCGCCGCAGCGCCGAACUGGAGGGGGGGAGCGGCGAGCUGUCUCUGCCCCGAUCUUCGCGCCCCGCCCUGCCGCCUGCUCUCACCGACAGUCACGGGUUCGCAGAGCGCGUGUCACCGCGGCGCGAGGCCCUCCCGCCCGCGGGGUUUGCUCUCAAGCCCCGGGGCAGGGAGAAGCCCCUGCAUGCGCCGGCCGCGUAUCCCGCAGUCCUUCCGCUGUGGCCGCCGAGGAGACAACCGGGCCCAGACGAGGCGUUCGAGCCGUUCAUGGACGGGCCGAGCGACGCCGGCGACGCGCGCGGCUACCCUGGCGAGCAGCUCACACGCAUGCUUGAAGGCGACGAGGCCGCACGGUCUCGAGACGCACGCCACGGGAGCUGUCGCGACGAGCGCGCGGGCCUUCCGUACUGGCGCCCAGGGGUCGGAGACGAGCGAGAGAGAGACGCGCUGGGAGUGUCCUCCCGAGACAGGCGCGACUCGGACGAAGGCGAGAGCGGCAGGCCGCGGCGGUGUUUCUACGUCGACGGCGCCGAGCCGGACUCCGCGGGUCACGCGGAGAAAGGGAGCGUGAAUGGUCGGCUGCAUGCACGCGAGCCGGACGGAAUGGGCCGCGGAAGUCACUUUCGAGACGAGGAGGGCGAGGCUCACGGUCGCGCGGCGAAGCGCCGCAGAAACGACUUUGAGUUCGUGGGGCCUCCCGCGGGGCUGCCGGCGCCUGGGGAUCAAACUGUGAUCCUCCCGCCACCAUCGGGAGUCGCGCCCCACCGCGAGUUCGCUGCGGGGGCCGAGCGGCUGCGCAGGGACGACCUCGAGUUGGAUCUCGCCCGGUCGCGGCGCGAGAGAGACGCGGCGGGUGACAAGGGCGCGUGGCGCGGGCGGGCCAAGGGACCGGGGAGCAAGGCCCUCGACGCCUUUCCCAACGGGGUCUUUGGUGGGGGGAGCGAGAGCAAGCACGCAGCGUUUCGCUACGCGGAGCGCGGCAGAGAUCGGGAGGUCGAGCCUCUCGCGGCGCCGUUCAGACCGGGGCGCGACGAUCCGCGCGGCCUGCCGGUGGCGCCUGUUCGUGGCCCAGGCGGCGACUUCCGAGACGACUGGAGAAGAGACGCCGAGGGCAUUGACCCCCGCUUCCCGCCCGUCCGUCCCCACGGCAGUGACAGACUGGACCCUGUGGCCGACGCGCCGUCGGGGCGCGAGCGCGGCGGCCGGGCCGAGGAGGACAGCCAGCGACGCGGGGAGUUCGGCCGCGACCUGGACAGGCGAGAAGUCCCCUUCGACGAGCGAGGCCAAAGCCGGCGGGAGACGGGUUUGCACUACGAGCCGGCGCCGCGCUUGCCUCUGGCCCCUCGGAAGUGGAAUGAGAAGGGCGGUCGCGACUUUGCCUUUCCCAUGGACGAGAAACCCCGGCACAUUUACGCUGCGGACGACAGUGCGCCUCUCGCGCCAGGCCUAAGUGCUGGGGCCGCGAGAGACCGCGACGCGUAUCUGGGCGGAGACGACCUGCGCCGGUCGAGGCGAGGCGAGCACAUGCCCUUUCUUCGCAGAGACCACGAGGAAGAGAGGCGACGAGAGGCUCGACGCGGCGACCAGGAGCUGCUCCAUGAAGACGGUCCGCGAGUGCUGGAGGCAGGCCGGAGACGAAGCGUCUCUUUGGGACACCGACGCCUUGACUUGGGUGUCGACGGGGCCCGGCGCGACAGGGGUGCUCGGCCCGAGCACGGGCACUUUGGUUCUCGCCGCGAUCAACCAGAGCGAGGCGACAGCCUGUUUCGAGACGACAGGGAGAGGGACGUGAAGGCGCGGAGAGAAGAAGCCGUCGUCCGGGACUUCCGCGGCGCACCGGCUCCAGGGCGAGGCCCCGAGAGGCUUCCUGUCCAGCGCCCAGUCUACAUGUACGACGACGGAGAACCCGGCAGAGGAGAUGUGUUUCCACACCCGCUCGCGGGCGCGCAGUACCCCCCUCAGUUCGGCGGCGCGGGCCUGGGCACCCUCGGCGGGAAGUCGUUGAGGCGGGAGGACGACCGGAAAGACGACGGAUUCAGUGGGCAUUGUGACCCGAUGCCCAGAAGCGGCCGCGGAGACAGUGCGGGGAAAGGCUACUCGCACCUCCAUCCUCUCUACCCUACGGGCGCGAGUGGAAGGAACGGUCGCUGCUUGGACAGACCCCUCGACGAAAGUGAGAGAGGCGACGGACGAGGCCGAGCGUUUUUCGAGAGAGAUCCUGAAGUCUUCCGGUCCGUGCGCGGACGCGAAGGCGCCGACAGAGAGUAUGUACACGUGCCUCGGCAGCGCGAAGACAUGCGAAUGGAGAGGCCGUAUGCGCUGCGCGACGACGGCCGAAGAUGCGGACGCGGCGGCGACCGCGGGGGCGACGCGCCGCUCGGGUACUACCGCGACGACUUGCGGCAUUAG